AUGUUCCUUCACAGCUACCUACAUUCAUUUCUCAGCAAUCUAAAACGACGGCAGCUGCAGCGAAAGCAGAACAUUACAGAAAGCAGCUUCCUUCUCUUGGCUUUGCGUUGCGGGGUUGCGUUAUACUUUACAUCUUCAGGAAAUAUGCCGAGGAAGAGGCAAGUCAGGACUUUUGAUGCCACCGGCCAGGUUGCCCAGAAUACCGAAAGCUUUGGCGGUAACUAUCACCUUUUUUCAUUUCCAAGAGCACGAAUCUUGUUCGAGAAAGGUGGAGUAUUGCAGAGGAUUGACAAGUGUUUGAACCGUCUUUUAGUGGCUGAAACACCAAAUCGUGAAAACGGUCAGAGGCAGGUCAUAACACAAUCGGCUUCGAAAACCGAAAAUCGAGAUUCAUCAAUACAGACUGCGCCCUGUUCUCCGGAGAUGACAAUUCCGGUAAAGAAGCACGACAGAACAGGAAAUGAAAAUGGGAGACAAUUCAAGCAAACCCCCAGGAACAAAAAUAGGAAUGUUGCACUGGAUGAUGAAACAGGAAGACCAUCGCCAGUUUCGCGCAGCCCUCUUACGGAAAUUUCACAGAGCAAUAUGAAUUUCGGAUGCGGAAGCCACAUUGAUACCAAAAUCGCACGAGGUUGUAGCUCUAAAUGUCCGGCGAUGACAGGAGGCAUGUGGAUAGCUGACCAUUUCUGUCUAGUAAAACAAGAAGUAGACUCGAGCAAGCAACAGCCACGAGUUGAAGUAUCUGGACUGAAGCUUAACGCUCCAGAAUGGCUUCCGGGUGCCACUCAUGCUUCCUCUAACGAUGAAACAUAUAAUCCUGUGGAAGUUCCGAGGACUCAAUCUUCCGAACUUGGAGAUAGUCUAGAGAACUGGCCUACUGGUGCCACUCUUGACGAGAACGACAUGUAUCUCUUCGGAGGAGAGAUACCAGAAUUCAUGGAAGAUUUUGGAUUGAACAACGGCAAUGUCGCAGAUGAACAAGACGAAUUUUGGUCUUGCAAGGUGGAUGUGGAUGCGUUGUCCCCAACUCUUUCGUUACCAAUGUCCAUUUUCGAUUGCAGCGACUUAGAAGAAGCUAAGAACUUUUUGGAGGCUGUAACUUCUCGAGAAGACCUUGAAACCGUCCAGUCUUCGUCCGCUGAAUACAACACCAAUAACUCCACAGCCGCAACAUCCAAACACCCUGCGUCGGAUAGCACUUCUUUCAGAAGCUCUUCAAGGGUCUCUAGCCAGAUCUUAGAGGGGAAAUCUGAUCUGGUGAACUCGAAUGCCUUAACGACCCAUCAAAAAUCUGAAGCUUAUGGGCACGGUAAACCGCUCACACUCUCCAGUCAAUCACAGUCGUCAAACCCUCUCACACAAUCUCUAGCAGCUCAGCCCACCUCCCAUUGUAUGCAUCAUUGUGACCGGGCUGAAGCCACGCAGCCUCCCCACAAAUAUAUUGCACCAAUGGAUUGCAUCCGGGUACCUGCUGAAGAGAAUAUCACACACUCACCUAUGCAAGCUGCAAGCCAUUUCGGACAAUUUCAAAGCAGCUAUGAGAGAGGAGACAAUGUACAACUUACAAGGCCAAAUCGCACCACUUAUAAUGGUGAUUUGAUUGAUGUGCGUGGCAGUGUAUCUGCUGCAGCAAACCUUACUGCCCUGGAACUCGAGUGCACUCGUCGACUGAUAUCAAAGGAAAAGGCAGCAGAGUGUUCGGAAAGACUGCGAAGGCUAAAGGUAGUCCAAAACAUCUUGAAUCUGGAUAAUGGAGGAACUCAGAGGAGUACUUACAAUAGCCCACGAGUAACCUCGGAGCAAAACAGCAACCACAACUCCCACAACCAGGAAACUGCCUUAAGCUUCAGUCAAGAUCCUUUGUCAGUUAGUCCCCUGGAUCGCGACAGAGCACACCGUACCUCAACGGCCUUAUCGAAUACUUCAAAUCCGCUGGGAGUACCUCAAAUAAGUGGUUCUGGGCCUUUGGACACUGAAACUAUCGAUUCAUACGAUGGCUGUGGGCCAAACUCUUUGUCUGAAGGUAUAAAUGUGUACAAAAUGGACAAUUCCAAGGAUAGGGACGAAGCGCCUUCCAUCUCGGCCGGAUUCGGGUCCAAUGCCUCUCCAGGCGAAAUGGAUGGUAGCUGUUCUGGCUUGGAUACAUCUGUUGGAGAAAAUUCCACAAGUUCUAAUCACUAUCCUGGCAACGACGAGACUAAUAUUGAUCCCCGCCUAAGAAGCCAUUUUGUUAACGGAUUGCAGCCACCAAUUAAUUUUCGUCCUGUCCCGUCUGAUGUUUUACUUCUAGGCCUGCAAACCGGUACACGUGAGCAGUGCGACUGGUGCGACCACGAACAGCUUUUUGGCCUUCCGAAUAAUUUCCAACGCAAGGAUUUUGGAUCAUCAGCGUCGCGUAUAUGCAUGAACUGUCAAGCGCGCCGCUACGCCAUUAUGGCUCAUGUCACUCACGGUGACUGGAUCCGGCCAGAGGAUGGUUUUGAGUGGAAUGGCAAUGCCAACAGCGUUAGCAUGUCCAACGGGUCUAUUGACGUGGGCAACAUCUUUCCAACUCUAGAAGAAAAUGGGACAGACAUGAUGAGAGACGCGCCAAACAAUGCUGUAUUCAACGAACUGGGUCCUUAUCAUCCGCCAUUCAGUACUUUACCGCAAACUGCAAUUGAUCAGUACCCUUCGGUUCAGCCGCAGGAUUGCUUGGGAAACUCGUCUUUCUCCUCGGGUCUGUCCCGAUUCGUGAAGAGAAAGCGUCCAGUGGAUGAAGAAGCUGACUGUGAGGACAUUUCACAAAAAGUUGAGUCGGAUCACCAUGAGCUUUCAAAGUGCGCUUUUCCUCAGCAGCAUUCUGACUUGAGCUUCCAUUUCAACAAAGCAGAAGGUACGGCGAAUCUGUCAAUACAGCCCAACAGUUCCCUUGCCGCCACUCCCAGCGAAAUAUCCGCGGCUCAAAAAUACUCACGAGGCCGAGAUCCCUCAUUUGUAUCGUCCAGGGAACCCGAUAGGGAGACGCUAUCUCAGCCAACCAUCUGUUCGACAGAAUCCCCUCCCGCUCUCGACCCUGCGAACACUUCAAUUGCCACCAGCAACAAGUUUCGAAGCCAACGACUCAACUGCAACGUAUGCACAGGCAUUGCAGUAGCAGUUUGCGGAUCCUGUCCGCUUACGGUCUGCGUUAACUGCCAAGUUGUACUAGACACGAUGUUGGCCGGUUCAUUGGAUAGUUUGAUUGACGCUUUAGGUGUGACGGGGACACGAAACGACGCAUGUCUUUUGAGCAUUCGGUGUUUGAAAAGGUGGUGA